UGCACAGUGCACCGCUUCUACUCCUCCCUCGUAAAACUAGCCCUUCGCCAGCUGUAUUUUUCAACUACUGCGCCGUCUUUCUCCAUCACCCAUAUUAUACCCUCUUCUUUACUUUAUUGUUCCACCACACAGCCAUGGACGCUUUACUUCGAGUCACUGAUGCCAUGAAGUCCUUCAGAGAAACUCGCCUGAGUGCUCUACGACCUCCUACGGAGUUCUUUGAUUACCAUCGUAUAUCGAGACCAGCAGAUUUUAACCAAGCAACUUCGCGCAUAUCCUACAACACGCGGUAUUUCUCUGGAAAUUAUGGUCUGAUUGUAGCUGUUCUUGCGGUGUAUGCAGUUAUCGCCAAUCCUCUUCUUUUGCUAUCACUUGCCUUCCUCUUCGGAGGUUUCGCCGCCAUUAACAGAUUUGCACCAGACCCGAUGCAAGUUGGCGAUCAUGUUGUAACCCAGAAGUCUCUCUAUACAGGCCUUUUUGUCAUUGGCAUACCCCUUCUGUGGCUGUCCUCGCCUCUGGGCACGUUCUUCUGGCUCGUCGGGGCCUCGUCUGUCCUUAUCCUCGGACAUGCGUGCGUAAUCGAGCCAGGGAUCGAGAGCGAAUACGCCAAUAUUCAAGAGUCCGUGUGAAAACCCGAGGAGAGCUUUGGUUCUUUCGUUGGAAUUUGAGGUGUACGUACGCGGGAAGCGGGAGACGAGUGUCAUCAAGCAGGACAAUGAUUUCACUAGUCGACUAUUUUGAUU